AUGCGUUUCCUUUGCCUUGCCCUAUUGGGUAUAGCAUUGGUAUCAGCUAAUGUACGAUUACGCCAAAGCAGACAUGCUCGCCCUGAUGAUGAUAUGGCAGCACCACUUAGUGAGCAGACGCCUCCUCUUCAUGAUUGGCUGACUGCUGAACAGAAAGCUAUUUUAGAGCCAAUCCGUGAAAACCCAGCUCAAUUCAAAGAAAAAGUGCAGGAGUUUUAUAAGCUCUUAGACGGAGAGACAAGAAAGAAAUGGGAUGAAAAUUACCGUCAAGAAUGUAAUUCAUGGCUUCCAAAGGUUCUCAGUUCUCAAGAACUUGCAGACUUAAAACUUCUCGAAACUACCGAUAAAGCCGCUGCUAAGGACAAGAGAAAGGAAUACGAGAGCCGAUUGGAUGACAAAUCAAAAAACAUGGUCACUCUUUGGAGAGAUGAGUGUGAUAAGCUGAAUGAAGCAUCCAGAAAACGAAGAGAAUUGAAUGAGUUAGAUGAUGAUAGCGUUCAAUUAGUUUUCGAAGCCUAUUCUCGCGUUAGUCGCAAUGCCGAACCAGCCGACGACUUCAUUUCUUGGAUGAGUGAUGAUCAAAAAAAACAAAUGGGUGAACUGAAAGCUGCUGGAAAAUCUCUCUCAGAACAAAGAGACAAAGCGAUGGCUUUCUUCAAUGCUCUCCCAGAUGAUAAAAGAAAAGAAUUGAGAGAGAGUUAUAAGGGAAAGUGCAAGGCAUACUUUGGUAAAAUCGGAACGCCAGAAGAGCUGGCUGAGAUCAAGCAGGCUCAUGAAGCUGGUAAUGGUGUUGAGGUUGAUGAGAAGAUUCAAGCUUUAAUAGGACGUCAAGAAGGAGAAGAGAAAGUAACAGCUUCAAAAAUGUCAUCUAUUUGUCGUGAAGUUUUCCAAGGAGACAAAAAGAAGAAGAGGGAUGUCAUGCAAAAAAUUGAAAAGCAUCUGAGCUGGCUCACUAAAGAGCAACAAGACGAGAUUAAAGGAAUGGUUGAUAGCGGAGUUCCCAGACACGAAAUAAAGGAGAAGUUGUUCAAGUACCUUUCUAAUACUGAUGCUCUUGACAAGAACAAAGCCAAAGAGGAAACAACGAAGAGAUGUUACGCUUGGAUGGAAGAAGUUGCUACUAAAGAAGAAAUCGAAAGCUUACAUAAGCUUCACGAAGUUGAUCAUGAUGCGUGUAAAACUAAAGUCAGGGAGUAUAUCAAGAGAUUGCCCACUGAUAAACAAGCUAAAGUGAACGAAGAUCUUCCUUUCUGUGAGAAAGUUUGGUAUGGCAGUCACGAUCACGGAAACCACGGAGAUCACGGAGACCACGCUAACCACGAGAAACACCAUAAGCAUCACGCCAGAAAUGUACAAAGAAGAAGAAGACAUUUGGCUGUCAUUGAGGAAUAUAUCCAUUGGCUCUCUCCAGAAGACAAAGAAGCAGUUCACGCUAUGGAAAACUCUGGCGCCGAUUUCGAUGAGAUCAUCGAAAAAAUCAAAGAAAUUUUCAAAGCUCAACCUGAAGACCGUCAAGAGGAAUUGAAAGAGAACUUCAAGAACACUUGUUAUAAAUGGGUGAAGGAAGUUGGAACUCCUGAAGAACUAGCUGAGUUGAAAGCCCUUAAGGAAAGUGGUGAUUUCACACAGUUGAAAGAGAAGGUCGCUCUGCUAGAAACCAAACUUGAUUCUGCUCAAAAGCAUACUGUAGAACAUACUAAAGAGUUGUGUUAUUCCGUAUGGCAGGUUAAGCAAUCACGUAUGAGGAGAGAACAUUCUCAUAAUCUCGAAGAAGCUUUCGGAAAAUAUCUCUCAUGGACUACUGAUGAACAAAAAGAGGAAUUGAGAAAGUUGAGAGAAGCUGGCAACCGCGAAGAACUUUACAAAAAAGUAAUGGAAUUCUUCGAUGCUACUGAGGGCGAAACUAAGCAGAAAGCUGCUGGAGAAUUGAAAGAUGCCUGCAAGCAUUUCGCUGUGGAUCUCUUCGGUGAAGCUGGAGUCGAACAAAUUAAGACUCUCAAAGAAUCUGGUGGAAGCCAGGAUGAUAUCGCCGCUAAGGUUCAAUCUCUUGUUGAUUCCAUCACUGAUGGUGAGAAGAAAGAGAAAGCUCAAAAAUUCACUGCUGCUUGUGGAAAAAUUUAUCGCUCAGUUAAUCGUAAGCGUAGAGAUCAUUCUCACCAUUUGAAGGAAGCCUUUGACAAGUACCUUACCUGGACAACCGAAGAGCAAAAGAAAGAAUUGACUGCACUCGAAGAGAGCGGUGACAAGGACGCAAUACAAAAGAAAGUAAUGGAAUUCUUCGAUGCUACUGAGGGCGAAACUAAGCAGAAAGCUGCCGCUGAAUUGAAAGAUGCCUGCAAGCAUUUCGCUGUGGAUCUCUUCGGUGAAGCUGGAGUCGCCGAAAUUAAGGCUGUGAAGGAAGCUGGUGGAAGCCAUGAUGAUAUGGCUGCUAAAGUUCAAACUCUUGUUGAUGCCAUAACUGAUGCUGAGAAAAAAGAGAAAGCUCAGAAGCUCAGUGCUGGCUGCGCCAAAGUAUAUCGCUCAGUUAAUCGCAAGCGUAGAGAUCACGCUCACAAUCUGAAGGAUGCCUUUGACAAGUACCUUACCUGGACAACCGAAGAGCAAAAGAAAGAAUUGACUGCACUCGAAGAGAGCGGUGACAAGGACGCAAUACAAAAGAAAGUCUUGGAAUUCUUCGAUGCUGCUGAAGGAGAAGUGAGGCAAAAAGCUGCUGGAGAAUUGAAAGAUGCCUGCAAGCAUUUCGCUAUGGAUCUCUUCGGUGAAGCUGGAGUCGCCGAAAUUAAGGCUGUGAAGGAAGCUGGUGGAAGCCAUGAUGAUAUGGCUGCUAAAGUUCAAACUCUUGUUGAUGCCAUAACUGAUGCUGAGAAAAAAGAGAAAGCUCAGAAGCUCAGUGCUGGCUGCGCCAAAGUAUAUCGCUCAGUUAAUCGCAAGCGUAGAGAUCACGCUCACAAUCUGAAGGAUGCCUUUGACAAGUACCUUACCUGGACAACCGAAGAGCAAAAGAAAGAACUGACUGCACUCGAAGAGAGCGGUGACAAGGACGGAAUACAAAAGAAAGUAAUGGAAUUCUUCGAUGCUACUGAGGGCGAAACUAAGCAGAANACUGAGGGCGAAACUAAGCAGAAAGCUGCCGCAGAAUUGAAAGAUGCCUGCAAGCAUUUCGCUGUGGAUCUCUUCGGUGAAGCUGGAGUCGCCGAAAUUAAGGCUGUGAAGGAAGCUGGUGGAAGUCAUGAUGAUAUGGCCGCUAAAUACCUUACCUGGACAACCGAAGAGCAAAAGAAAGAAUUGACUGCACUCGAAGAGAGCGGUGACAAGGACGCAAUACAAAAGAAAGUAAUGGAAUUCUUCGAUGCUACUGAGGGCGAAACUAAGCAGAAAGCUGCCGCAGAAUUGAAAGAUGCCUGCAAGCAUUUCGCUGUGGAUCUCUUCGGUGAAGCUGGAGUCGCUGAAAUCAAGGCUGUGAAGGAAGCUGGUGGAAGCCCUGAUGAUAUGGCCGCUAAAAAGAAAGAGAAAGCUCAGAAGCUCAGUGCUGGCUGCGCCAAAGUUUAUCGUGCAGUUAAUCGCAAGCGUAGAGAUCACGCUCACAAUCUGAAGGAUGCCUUUGACAACCCUGAUGAUAUGGCCGCUAAAGUUCAAACUCUUGUUGAUGCCAUAACUGAUGCUGAGAAGAAAGAGAAAGCUCAGAAGCUCAGUGCAGGUUGCGCCAAAAUUUAUCGCUCAGUUAAUCGCAAGCGUAGAGAUCAUCCCCAUACUCUGAAGGAUGCUUUUGAGAAGUAUCUUACCUGGACAACCGAAGAGCAAAAGAAAGAACUGACUGCACUCGAAGAGAGCGGUAACAAGGACGGCAUAGAGAAGAAAAUCAUGGAGUUCUUCGAAGCUACCGAAGGAGAAGUGAAGCAGAAGGCUGUUGGAGAGUUGAAGGAAGCUUGUAAACACUAUGCCACCGAUGUGUUCGGAGAAGCAGGAAUCGCUGAAAUCAAGGCUGUCAGGGAAUCUGGUGGAAGCCAUGAUGAUAUCGCCGCUAAGGUCCAAACUCUUGUUGAUGCCAUAACUGAUGCUGAGAAGAAAACAAAAGCCCAAAAGCUCUCUGUCACAUGCGGAAAACUCUAUCGCGAACACAGUCGUAAACGCAGAGAUCAUCAUCAUUCUCUCGAAGAUUUUGUUGAGAAGUAUCUAGGCUGGACCACAGAAGAACAAAAAAAUGAGUUGAGAGACUUGAAAACGAAAUCUGAAGACAAAGAAGCCAUAUAUAAAAAGGUUAUGGAAUUUUUCGAUGCUGCUGAAGGUGACACCAAACAGAAAGCUGCUGAAGGAUUGAAAGGUGCCUGUAAGCACUACGCUACCGACCUGUUUGGAGAAGAAGGAGUUGAACAAAUCAAAGCCGUAAAAGAGUCUGGAGCAGAUAAAGGAGCUAUGCUCGCUAAGAUCCAAGAACUUAUUAAUGGACUAAGUGACGAGACCAAGAAAGCUAAAGCUCAGAAGUUGACUGCUGGUUGCCAAAAGGUGUAUGAAGCCAUUCCAAGUCGCAUGCGUCGCAGCCACGAUCAUGACAUGGAGAAAGAAAUGGAAAAAUAUCUUAGCUGGUUAACUGUUGAGCAGAAAGCUGAAUUGGGAAAGAUAGAUAAAUCUGAUAAGAAAGCUCUCCGUGAGAAAAUCUGGGAGUUCUUGGACUCCGUGGAUGGAAAAACAAAAGCCAAGGCUGUUACUGAUUUGAAAGCUGCUUGUAAGCAUUACUCCGUGGACAUAUUUGGCGAAGAGAAGACAGCUGAAUUGAAGAACAUGAAGGAGAGCGGAGUGUCUAUUGAGGAUCUGAUGAAGAAACUCACUGGAUUCAUCGAAGAGUUAAGUGAUGAUGCUACCAAAGAGAAAGCUAAGGACCUUGUCGAAGGCUGUAAGAAAGUUUACGAGCAAACUCGCAUGCGUCGUGACAGUUACUAUUAG